AUGGAACUAUCAAUCCCCAUCCCAAAAGCAAUCCCCUUCGAAACCGGCCUUCCCAAAACCCCCCUCCCCGUCAUCGAUCCCCGCAAUAAACCCACCCUCAACGUCCCGCAAAAUAAAUACACCACCUUCGAUUUCACCCCCUUCCUCAGCUCCCCCGCCGUCCUCCACCGCAUGCGAGAAAACCGACAACAAAUCCCCCUCCUCUCCCCCAUCCCCUCCACACGAAUCCCCUCCCCUUUAGCCGAAAAUCUGCACCCCUCCGUCAUAAAGGACGUGCGAGAUUUCCUCCUCGGAACAGGUAAAUACACCAGUCCCUACCAACGCCAGUAUUCGGGCAACGGAGCCGAAGUAUGGGCGAGCUGGAAACGCGCCUGGGAUAUUUGGAAUAAUCACUAUAUCGACGGACGCGUGAAUGAAGUAUGGGUUGCGCGCGCCUAUAGACAAUGGGAAGCGUAUAUAGCGCAGCAGAGCAAGAAAGGGAAAGCACCAUUCGAGGGACCACCAGGACGAAGUCUCCUGCGCAGAAAGAAGGUCGAGAUUGGAAAACCGUAUCAUACGGAGAGUAAGGCGUUGGAACAAUUCGAAGUGAGUAUUGAUGAUGUAGCACAGGGAAGGAAGGAGUUCAAACAGCGCGCUAUCGACGAGUUGAAAGCGUCGUUUAAGAGAAAUCGUGAUUUGGGUCAUGGAUAUAUUGAGUUUUGCGAAGCGCUGGCCGAGUGGACGAGACGCGAGUGGUAUCGUCCUGAAUGGAGCCAGUAUAAGGAUUACAAGAAUAAGGCUCCGGAAUAUUUACCCCUGACCAUGAAAUAUGUACACGAGGAACUAUAUGACGGUACUAAAGAGCGCGUCAUCGAACUCCUCGGCACGGAAUUUUGGCAAAAAGAUCCUAAGCUCGAGGCUCAUCCCGGAACCAUCGAAUACGCCAUCGCCAUUGCCAACUGGGAACAACAGGCCGAAGUGAUCCGAUGCAGAUACACCGAACGACCUAAUUGGCUCUACAUGUAUGAGCCGACCGAAAAGCUAGAGGACAAGUACAUCGAAUCAGCAAAGAAACGCACGAGUCCCGCCGUAAUCGACGAAUUCCGACUCCGCAUGAAUGUGAAUCGGAAACUGGGGGUGGGAUAUAUUGAGCUCUCGUGGCAGGAGGCGCAUUAUAAUAUCAAUCUGAAAGCGCACGAUGGGGAUCUGGAUGCCACGAUUCAGGAAUUUGAGAAACCGGAUCCGAAGGAUUAUAUUGAUAAGGCGCGGCCGGGGAAACUGGAUGAGAAUACCGCGCCUGUGGAGGCGAUUGAUCGUGAUGAGGAGGAGGAGGAUCAGGAUGAGGAUGAUAUUAAUCAUAAUGAUCUUGCUAGACCAGCGCCCAUUGAGGAGGAUGGGUCUAGUGGGGGCUUUUUUGCCAUGAGGGAUUUUCUUGAAUAUGCGGUUCCGGAUGAAGAUGAUGCGAGCUUUCACGAAUAUUAUGAUCCUAUUGAGAAUAGUAUUUGGCGACCAAUACAAGUUGGUGAACAGAGACCAAAGAUUGAUAUGGACGAAGAACCCGAUUCAUUUUUAAAGAAUUCUCAAUUUGAGAUUGAUGGUGGUGUGGAUUGUGGAAGAAGUCCUUAUCCUGUAUGUUCCAUUUCUUUUUCAUGCCAUAUAAAAAUAUUUUGCUGAUAACAUCUAUGUAGCUUCUCCGGCCUCUAUACAGAUACGCUCAAAGUCACGUUGGGGCACAUAAAGACUCAAACCCCAAAGAUCACCUACCAUUCAAAAAACAAGGAUCCCUUUUGAAACUCAAAAAGUAUUGGGAUAACGUCACAGGCACAGUUUUCAACAUCCCUACCAAGAACAUAUAUGCGCAAACCCUUGACAAAAUUGAAGAUGCUAACCAUCGAGAAUCCUUCAAUAAUAACGAGAGCUAUCAAAACCCAGACAUAUUCCCCUUGGAUAUUCGACGAUGCGAAAAAAUCUCAUCUCCGUUCAAACCUGGGAAAAACCCCAAAAAGCUAGUUGACUUCCGAGAAACCGAUACUAUUAUCCAACCAUCCUUUAGGAUGAAGGAAAAGGAAUAUAGACCCAUGAGAUUUGAUGAUCCUUGGUGGGUUGAGCCGGAACAGAAGUAUUAUCGGGAUAUGCCACCUCGAAACUACCCGCCAAAAUUUGAUGAAACGCAAUCGCAUCUCCCGAAGGAUGUCAGACUUUGGAAAGAAGAAUUGGAGAAGGAUUCCGAUUUGAAGAAACGAUAUUUCGUCGCUAACUUGGAUGGAAGACUUUUGACAAUCAACGGAGUUGAGGUUGGAAAAGGCGAAAUCGCAGGUCCAUUACCAGAAUUUGCAAUAAUACAAACUGAGGGAGGUGGAGUAUCUUUCUGGCAUGGAGUAGGUGGUAGAUUUUACUUACAGCCGGCUGGUGCUAGAAUGAAGGAUUGGUCUCGACAAUGGAGUCAGUUGAGACAAGCCUUGAAUGAUGAAUUCUUCGGCGUUGCUUCUGGAUAUUUCUGGCAGAACGCAAUUGUGGGAAAAAUCAUGGAAGACGAUGAGGGCGAAGGGGAGCAAGACCCUAAAUGGAUAAAAUGGAAAAGUGCAAAACCAGUCAGAAACACAAAUGCAGUGGACCCCCGCGCUGUUAAACUUCAUCCCGGUUUUCUCGAUUCUCAUCCUGAUCCUCAGUCCAGCGAAAACGAAGACUGGGGAGCGCCUGGACCUUUACCAUUCGAGAGUCCAGAAGCUGAGCUCAAAUGGGCAGCAGCACAACUUCAUUUUCAGGAAAUGUUUGUCAACGAACCAUGGCUCAAGGCUAAAAUGAUUGAGCCAACCAAAGAUACAGCGUGGGGAGGGCUGCAAGAAGACUAUCGCGAUCCUUCUGAUGGUCCUACAGACGAAGCUAGGGAUGCAUGGUGGGCAUCCAAUGGAGACCGCACUCAAAAGGUUCAAGUGAAAUCAGGUCAAACAUUUGAUGAGCGACUACGGGAAGAAUUUGAUGCCGACCAAGCCACGGUUGAGGCCAAAAGUUUGAAGCGAAAGGCUGACAAUGAUGGCUACUUCUUACCUGACGCCAAGCGAUUCCGAGAGAAUAUAGGAGAGAGAGAAAAACAGAAAAUUGAGGAGAUUGAACUAAAGGAAGUGGAGCGGUUGAAUAUGGGCAUAGCAGAAUUAGUUGAUCAGAUCAAUCAGGGUGCUAGAGAUCUCGAGGAGAAAGCGGAACCUGGUGCACUAGUGAAGCACAUAGAUCAGUGGCAUCCGGCUUCUGGCGCUGAUGCCGAGGCACAAGCAAAAGAAGCGCUUCAAAGAGUCCGAGAGCUGGAGCGGGUAAGACUACUGUAUAAUGAACGUAGGAAGAAUGCGAAUGAGAGCGCGAUCCCGCCUUUCAAAGACCCUAUCGCAGGUUUAGCCCCUUCGACUGUCUUGACGCUACCAGAAAACCAAUGGGCAUUAGAAGCAAUAGUAAGACACAGGGAAGCAUUUCGUCUAGACCAAGAAGUCCAGGAAACAGGGGCUUUGAAUAAUCUGAACGCCUCUGAAAGAUUGAAACGAAAACGUCUUACGGAAAAACGAAGUCGAGGUGGCCUUGGGUUUACAAUUAUGACAGAUGCGCAACUGAAAGAGCAAAAAAGACAAUUGGUGAUCAAGGCAAAAGAACAGAAAGAAGAAGAGGAUUUUAGAAAAGUAUUACAGUUGACCAAUGCGUACAAGGCAAAGACGACACAAGUCAAGAAAGAUGAAAAACACGUAGCAGCUGUGAAAGAUGGAAUUCAAGCUGGCGAUAUAGUGAAGGCCGAAGCAGCGAUGAAGAAAGGUCGGGAAGAAAUUAAAGACUUCGAAUUGGAAAUAGCAAAACAACUUUCUUUGUCAUCUUUGGCUGAAGCGGAGGGUAUUAGUGUAGAAGACCUGGUCGAAUACGCAAAGACCCCUGGAUUUGAUCCUACAAAUUUCGGCGCUUGGACCAGCAAUGUAGCGCGGGCCAAAAGAGAAGAAGAAAUACUUCAAGCAGCGAAAGUGGCAGCCAAGACAAUGAACAUGUCUGUCGAACAGUGGUACAAGUCCGAACAUGGAGUCUCUACUUCCGAAGAAUACCUCAAAAAGCUCGCCAAAAACGAGCUUCCGAAAUACGAAUUGAACGCCGAAGUUUUGAAAACUAAACAGGAAUUUAUUGCAAAAAUUCUCCGCACUGUUUCCGGCCAUGAUCAGAAGAGAAAAGGCCAAUUUACCAGCUGGGAAGAAGUUAUUUCAAGCAUGCCGGUCGCUGCAGAUUGGGAUACAGUCGUGAAUGCCCCGCCGGAAACAGAUACCCUGGAGUUGGGACUCACACCGAGGAUCCAGACAAUUAGCAUAUAUGAUGGCAGUUCAAUAUGGACGGGUCAGUUGUGAGUUGUGUUGAGUAUAUCGAUGUCUGAGUAUUGUCAUUCGCUAGGGACCUUUUCUGGAUAUUUGCAUUCCUGCAAAUUGCAGAUACGAUGAUGGAGUUUGGGCUGAGCUGCUGCUUUUGGUUUCUCUUUAAAGAUCUUGGGUUGAAUAAAAAUUGGAAGUCGAAAGUAUUUGAAAGCACGCAAAUUGGUUGAGGAGGUGUCCAUUUCACCGUGGUUUCCAUGGAGGUUAGGUACUAUGUUAGUGAU